CCGGAAAACGAAUAAAGAUUCCCUCGGCCGCUGCCAUUUUCCAACUAAGCAGCUCGCCAGCAACGACGUCGGACAUUGGAGCUCUGUGGGUUUUGCGGAAGCAGAGCUCUGUGCGUUUUGGGAAGCAGAGCUGUGUGCGUUUUCGGAAGCAAGCAAGCACAGCGAAGCGAAGAUGGCGGUCAAGAUCGGCAUCAAUGGGUUCGGCCGCAUUGGAAGGUUGGUCCUGAGGGCUUCCCUCAACCACCCUAACGUGCAGGUGGUGGCUGUGAACGACCCUUUCCUUGAUCCCGAGUACAUCGUCUACCUCUUCAAGUACGACACCGUGCACGGCAAGUACAAGGGCGAGGUCGGUCUGUCCGCCGACAAGAAGCUGGUCGUUGAUGGCAAGGAGAUCACCAUUUUCGCUCUGAGGGAUCCUUCCGCGAUUCCGUGGGGAGAGGCAGGUGCCGAUUACGUCGUCGAGUCCACCGGUGUGUUCACGGACAAGGACAAGGCGGCUGCCCAUCUGAAAGGCGGCGCGAAGAAGGUGGUCAUCUCUGCUCCCUCUGGCAACGCGCCGAUGUUCGUGAUGGGCGUGAACGAGGAGAAGUACACGCCGGAUCUGGACGUKAUCUCGAACGCGAGCUGCACGACCAACUGCUUGGCGCCUCUUGCCAAGGUCRUCAACGACAACUUCGGCAUCGUGGAGGGACUGAUGACCACCGUGCACGCCGUGACGGCCACGCAGAAGACGGUGGACGGGCCAUCUGGCAAGGAUUGGAGGGGCGGGCGUGGGGCUGGAUUCAACAUCAUUCCCAGCGGAACGGGCGCCGCCAAAGCUGUGGGGAAAGUCCUUCCUGUGCUCAACGGCAAGCUGACGGGCAUGGCCUUCCGUAUCCCGACGGCCGAUGUGUCUGUGGUGGAUCUGACGGUGAGGCUGGAGAAGAGCGCCAGCUACGACGAAAUAAAGGCUGUGAUCAAGAAGGCCUCCGAGACCGAUCUGAAGGGCAUCUUGGGGUACACGGAUGACGAUGUGGUGUCGUCGGAUUUCAUCGGCGAUGCUCGGUCGAGCAUCUUCGACGCCAAGGCGGGUAUUGCACUGAACGGGAACUUCGUGAAACUCGUGUCCUGGUACGACAACGAGUGGGGUUACUCCAACCGUGUGGUGGAGUUGAUUGAGCAUAUCUCCAAGGCUUAAAUCAGUCUGUGUGAGUGUGAUGUGUGUGUUGUGUGCGUAGGUAGGUAGUAGCUAAUUAGUUGAGAGCAGUCAUUGCGAGGGCACUCGAUUAUGUUUUUCCCUCGUGAUUUUUGAUUGGCGGAAUCAUAGUGAGACGAUGUGUUGGCUUGUGCGUUUUCUUACAUCGAAUUUGGGUAACUUGUGGCGGGUAUGGAGAAGAGAAAAGGGAGUAGGGAGAGGUAUAGGGUGACCUGCAAUAAGUCGAUCUUUUCAUUCAAUCUAUUAUCUGUGGGGGUGAAACAGAUCAAACAAACACGACGCUUAAAAGAGCUUUAGAUGCAAUGGUGGGGUGUUUCUGGUUCUGGGAGUUCGAUGGAUCGAAUACUUCGAUAUUGUAAUUGAAAAUCGGACGCCCUCACGGCGACUUUAUUUCGACAUAACUCGAGUUUUUUUUUUUUUUUUUAAUUCGUUUAACUAGUUUCAUCUGGAUUCGAACUCAGUUGUGUUUUCUCACGUUUAUCUCGUUCCGACCUCCGUGUGUUUUUCAACAGUUCAAAGCCAUUAAAAACGUGUGUCCGGUUCUGGCAGUUUGUCGUAUGCUUCGGCAUUGUAAGUUGAGAUCGGACGCCCUCAAGGCGAUUAUGCUUCGAAAUCAAAUGAGUAUUUUUCU